AUGACACACUCUAAUAUUGAGGAUUUAUGCACGGGCUACGUACAACCACCAACUACUGAAGGCAACGGAGAGCACGUACCGUAUCUUUGCGACCCAAUGCCUCUUGUCAAUGAGCUCCUUGAAUCCACUCUGUCAAAUCUGAAUCAAGGCGUUUUGACAUUGACAUACGGCCUGAAUCUCGACGUAGCUCUUGAGCGUGCCCACAGUAUACGAGAUAUGUUGCCUACUUUGUCACUCGGUUUUGCACAUGCAGCCAGCAUUUACAGCGCACAGGGGAGACAGCGUCAUGUCAUUGAUAUCUGUGACCAAGGACUUCGUGUUGUUGACACCCAGGAUACGCAUUAUGCUCUGCUACAACGUCUCCGACAGGAUGCUGUGCAACGUGAGAACAUACGCAUUGACCCAAUCAAGAAUCUUCCUUAUGACGUUCUUUCGACAACGCUCAUUCCCAUGCUUAUGGAUGAUGAUACGCCUUUGGAUUCAUUGACACCCUGUCCCUAUUUGCAUGUAUCACGUGUAUGGCGUCAUUGUAUCAUCCAAUGCCUGGGUGGAUUACGUUUUCGUACUGGACACCAGCAAAUGAAAAACAUUCAAGAGGGAUCUCAACUCUGCAUUUUUUCUCGGCAUAUCAAGUCCUUGUAUGUUUCGGAUUAUUCCCAAGGCACAUGGCUAUGCGAUUUGCUACGACGUAAAGACUUUUGCAUGCUUCAAGAGUUAACCAUUAAGCGCCUUUGUACAUUAUCCCUGGAUGACUUUGUUUUGUCGUUGAAGUCAAUCGGCAGCACUUUGACUCAUUUUCGAACGGCAUAUGGGAGCGUGUCACCACCGCUUACAGGAGUACUCUUGGCCUGCCCAAAUCUUGUUUCGCUUGAGAUUAACCAGCCCAUUGAUACCUAUCUCUCCGAUCUACCAAAGAUGACAUGGCCCAAGGUGACAACAUUGAAGAUUGCGAAUACAAGGAAGACCUAUGGUUGUGAUGCGAUAAGGGCAAUUUGUGAGCGUUUCCCAUCUCUCAAGUUACUAUCCAUUGGUUCAUGCUCUGAUCUAUUAUCGAUACCCAUCAUCCAUCAAUAUUACCCAUCCAUGAGAAGCCUUCAAGUUCUGGUUGAAUGUUCUAUUAUUGGUCUUCGUUACUCUGAUGAAGGACCUGAUUGUGAGGAGCCUGGGAUAACGGAUCUUGCGAUUUCGAUGGAUAACUGGAAACGCGGUGAACCUGUUCCUGAUAUUGGUCUUUUAUUCAAGCAACAUCAUCAUACGCUUGAAAGUAUCACCAUGGACGUUCAUACUGCCGUCGACGAAUCAAGCAUGUACGACAUCAAGUACCCUCGCCUAAAGACGCUCAGUCUGAUGAAUAUUGGAUGGUGGAUCCCUGGCAAUGCACCCAUGUUACAAAACUUGCAUAUUACACAGGAAGCAUUCAUCACAUCCCCGGCAGUGCUUGCCACAAUACCACCCAAGGUGAAGGAGCUAACGCUGACCGAUCUUGAUGGAGCUCAUGUUGGCAACAAAUCACCCAUCGUAAACUAUCUCCAUCGCUACAUCGAUCAUUCUCCUUUACGAGUUCUCGUUAUUCACAACGCCAACAUGAACACGAUGGGCAAUAUUCUUGAUGUGAUUGGUCGUUUACGUCAGCUUCGAUCAUUGUUCUUCAUCUACGAGGAGUGGGAUCCCAAGCAAAUGGAAAGCUUUUUUCGCAAACUCAAUCAUGGAUGCCCUCAUUUAGCCCACAUUCAUCUCAACUGCAUCAAAGCUCCAUCGGAAGCUUCCAUGCUUGCUUUGAAACCUCUUGCAAAUCUGAAGGAGUUUACCAUUCAUAUGAGGUCCUCGGAUGGUGAUUUUACUUUUCUUGAAGCCUUGUACUCGUUACCACAACUGCAAGGUGUUCAUGUCCAUCCUUUGGAGGGAAUCAACAAGCAUGAACUCCACCGCCUCAGGCAGCUUAACCCGAAUGUGGAACUUCUCGCCACCUAA